AUGAUGUUCAUCUUAUCGUUAUUUUUCGUAUUAAUUUUCUGUUCAUUAUCAAGAGAAAAUCCCAAUCAUAUUCUUGUUAUUGCUCCGCCUUUCUUUGGUCAUAUGCUACCUUCAUUAGAACUUGCCAAACAAUUAUCAUCUUAUUGUCAUGUUACAUAUUUGAUUUCAGCAAAUAAAAUCAAUGAACUUGAUCGUAAAGGAUUUCUAUCUGAUUUAAACAAUAGUAAAACACUGGAUAUCGUUGGUUUAAUUGAUGGAAAUGAUAAUUUUCCUCAAUUUGAAAUUCACGAUUCUCAAAUCAAUUUAAAUAAUAUUUCACAGAUAAUUCCUGGUAAUGAUCAUAUUCGAUUAUUCAAUGGUGUAAUCAAUCGAAUGGGUACAGCAUUAAAUCAUUUGUUUCAUUCAAAUUUUCAAUCACCUAUUACACGAAAUAUUUCCUUGCCUAUUGAUAUGAUUAUUGUUCGAUCAUUUGCUCCAUUACCUUUAUUAAAUUUAUCAAUACCUAUUUAUUUAUUUUUACCGAGUAAUCUUCGAGGUGUUGUUAAUGGUAUGCAUAAUGAUGAAAGAAAUAAUAAUAAUGAAUUAAAAGAAGUAUUUCGUUAUAUUCAAAAUAAUACUCAACAAGCAAAUGGUUUUAUUUGUAAUUCAUUAAAAGAAUUUGAUGGAAAAUAUAUUGAACAAUUUUAUCGAUCAUCUGGAAAUUUAGCACCUAUUCGUUUUAUUGGUCCUCUUAUUUUUAAUAGUCAACAAUCAAUGGAAGAUAAUGCUAAAGAUAUUGUCGAUUGGCUUGAUAAACAACCUAUUAGUUCAGUUAUUUAUAUUUCUUUCGGUUCAGUGGCUCGUUUACCAUCAACUACUAUUGAUAUUGUUGCUCGUGCUUUAUUAAAUCAUUCAUUUAUUUGGUCAUUAAAAACAAAAACAUCUCUUCCAUCAUCAUUAAAUAAUCUUGAUUCUAAUCGUCAACUUAUUCUUGAAUGGACUCCACAACGUGCAAUAUUAUCACAUCCUUCAAUAGCAUUUUUCUUUUCACAUGGUGGAUGGAAUUCUCUUUUAGAAAGUAUGUUAAAUGGUAAACCAAUACUUGUAUGGCCUUUUUUUGGUGAUCAAUUUGAUAAUGCUUUACAAAUUAUUGAAAUGGGUAUAGCUCGUCAAGUUUCAAAUAAUCUUCAAGAUGAUAUUGAACAUAUGCUCAGUAAUAAUAGUUAUUCAAAUAAAGCUAAAGAAGUUCAACAAUUAGUUAUUCAAGCUCGAGAAAAUACAUCAAAAGAACAAAUUAUUAAUAUUGCACAACUUAUUUCAAAUAAUCCAAAAGAACAUGAUGAUCUUUAA